AUGUUGGAAAGUGUUCGUCGUUUUUUUAAAUUUAUUCAUUGGCUUUAUCUUCAAUAUCUUCUCAAUACAGCAUUAUAUAUGCUUGAACCAUGGGAACGUGCACUUUUUUCAGCAUUUUUAUUUGCUAUUAUAUCCACAGCACUUUAUUCUGCAUUUGUUUUCCUUCCACAUCAUGUUCGUUCAAUGAUUCAGUUUUAUUCCUGA